AUCCGUGCUUAUAACCAAUGAAAUAUUCCUCAUAUUUUUUUCGGUCUCGAAACGGCAGUCAUCAAAUUUCAAAAAUGUUAACCGCUAUUUUGAAAAUUUUGGAUUCAUGCGAGAGAAAAGAACUAACCAUAUUCCAAAUUGUGGAGCGAAUGAAAGAAACCGAAAUCGGGAAGACUUUGUCUCCGGAUAAGCUUUCUGCCGAAGUUGAAGACUGCUUGAAAUCAGCAGUCGAAACGAACCUGGUUAGCUUAACGGACGAAAUGGUAAAACUGAUCGCAACGGCACCUUGUGUUCCGGUUCAGCCGGAUAAAACGGAAUCGACAGGAACAGCAUUAGAACAGCAACAUCCGGAACCCGUUCAGGUACCGGAACCUGGUCAGGUGCCAGAACCAGUUGCUACCGAUGCCCCCGGCGGCACAUUUGAAAACGAACCGCGAGAUUCCGUUUUCACACGAUGGACGUCGCGGCGCCAACAACGUUCCGGUGACGGACAGGCGGCAAGCGAAUGUGGUCCCGGAAUGCGAAUGCGACGUCGAAGCAUGUCUCGUAGAAGUAGAUUAUCCAGAAGUGCCCACAGAUCCAGCCGGAAAUCACGGUCCCGCGAACGAUCUCGACCUCGAUCUCGGUCCCGGUCCCGAUCCCGGUCUCGAUCACGAUCUCGUCGAUAAAUUUUACAAGUUUGAAUGAGGUAUUUAUUUUAUAUGUUGUGAAAUUAUAAUCGGUUGAAACAAA